AUGUCGUCCUGGAACCGUUAUGACCUUGGCCAAACCAAUAUCUUUUAUGAUGAAGCAAAACCUCCGCUUUGGAGUUUUGUGCUACCACCGCAUGUAGAAGAUGUAAAAGGGUGUUUGAUGGACUUUUCUUGCCUUGCCAAUGGGAAGAACGAUUCUUUUCACGCAAUCUCAAAAGAUAUUGCGGAAAGGAUGGAGCAAGGCCUGAAUCCAGACCCAGUUCAUAAAGCAGCAGAGAGGAUUCAGCAUGAAGUUGUUAGCAAAGUCGGUGGGGGCUAUGACGAAAAAGUGUGGCAGGAUAUCUUCAAAAAGCAUUUUUUCGAUCAGCUUACCGACUCUCUCUCGAUAUCGAAGGAAGAUUCACGAAGAGUAUCACGAAGCAAGUACUACUACGAUCAGGUGAUAAGUGGACUCCCAAAAGUGGUGGAUCCCACAGCUCGGCAAUGGAGCCAAGCUGGGGACUCCCGGGCUGUGGAGCCUUUUGUCUGGUCGACCCUUCAAGCAUUGAACAAGUUUGGCCUUGAACCGGCUCCGUUUCGCAUCUUCGAGAAGUCCCCAUUGGAGGCCAACCUCCGAUGUUAUCCUUGGCUUAUAGUAGAGCAUAAGAAAGAGAAGAAACAGAAUGAGGGACUCGAACGGGUUGUUAACUGUCAGGCCGCCAAUGCCGCGGCUUGUGCCGUCAGUCUGAUCCAGCAGACGGCUCAAUAUGCUGUUAAGCUCCCCAGACACGCACAUAUCCCCCCAAUCCCUGCAAUUACUACUCUUGGACCUUUUGUUACAGUAUGGCUCAUGUAUUUCGCCGAAGACUUUGAUGCGCCCUGCAGUCGAAGGGAUACAGACGAAGUAUUAACAAGGCGGCGGAAAGAAGGCUAUGUCAUGCGAGCGAUCUGGAAAGGCGACGUUAGAAAACUCACAGACAUCAUCGCGUUUUAG